AUGUUCAAUGAGACUUUCAUACAUGACUCCAGGAUGGAUUAUUAUUAUUACAACAACUCGCUGUAUGAUGAACCACUAUAUGUCUUCCCUGUGCAGGUGCUUACUGGGAUAACUGUUACCUGUGUCCUCCUGUUUAUAAUAGGAAUAUUUGGGAACAUCAUGACCAUGUUAGUAGUGUCUAAGUACAAGGAUAUGAGGACUACCACCAACCUGUAUUUAUCUAGUAUGGCAUUCUCAGACCUCUUGAUUUUUCUCUGUAUGCCUCUCGACCUCUAUAAACUCUGGCAGUACAGACCUUGGAAUUUUGGGAGCCUUCUCUGUAAAUUAUUUCAGUUCAUCAGUGAAAGUUGCACUUACUCAACAAUCCUGAAUAUCACCGCUCUCAGUAUAGAGAGGUACUUUGCGAUAUGUUUCCCUUUGAAAGCCAAGGUAGUCAUCACCAAAGGUAGAGUGAAACUGGUCAUCUUUGUCCUCUGGGUCGUGUCGUUUGUAAGCGCUGGACCGAUCUUUGUCUUGGUUGGGGUUGAACACGAGAACGGGACAAACCCUACUGAUACUAAUGAAUGCAGAACUACUGAAUAUGCCAUCAGAUCUGGUCUCCUAAAUAUCAUGGUCUGGACAUCUAGCGUCUUCUUCUUCCUGCCAGUGUUUUGUCUCACUGUCCUGUACAGUCUAAUCGGAAGAAAACUAUGGAGAAGGAAGAGAGAGGACAUUGGACCAAAUGUAUCCCACAGGGACAAGAAUAACAAACAGACUAUAAAAAUGCUAGCUGUGGUGGUGUUCGCCUUCAUCUUGUGCUGGCUGCCUUUUCAUCUAGGGCGCUACUUGUUUUCCAAAUCCUUUGAACCCGGGUCUUUGGAGAUAGCUGUGAUCAGCCAGUACUGUAACCUGGUCUCUUUUGUGCUUUUCUACCUGAGCGCUGCCAUCAAUCCCAUUCUGUAUAACAUUAUGUCAAAAAAAUAUCGUGUGGCUGCUUGCAGGCUUUUCAGACUGAAGCAGGUUUCAAGAAAAGCACCUUACACAACAAAUUAUGAAAGUUCUCCAGCCUGGACAGAGUCCAAUGUUAGCACGUGACAAGAAAUGUGAAAAAAAUGGCGACAAUAUGGGCAAAUAUUCUCUGAUUGACACAAAAGCCAUAAAUCAUCAGACCAUGUUGUAGAAACCAACAGCUGUGUUUUUAUUUGAAAAGAACAUAUAUAUAUAUAUAUAUAAAGGAGUUGAACUCAGGAUUUGUUGUCAAAAAUGAAUGUAUCCAUGUACGGGUGUGGGAGCUUGUUUACAGGCGUACAUGUUUUUGUGAAAUGUUACUAUGUCAUGAUUUUGUUUUCAAUAACGGAAGCAUUUUUUUAAUUGUUGUUAUUGUUUUUGAAGCUGGGUCCUUCGAGAUAGCUGUGAUCAGCCAGCAUAUUCAGAUCCUUUAAAAAUCUUACUGUUUCAGGAAUCGCUGUAUUGACAAACGGGUAAUCAUAAACCCCCACUGAAUCUGAACAAACGCAAUAGUGCAUCUAUUGUAUUCCGUUUUGUUUCAUAACCAUGGAUUUUAAAAAAAUUGAAGAACCCAAAAUUUUGAACCGAUGAAGGAAAAAUGUUAGUGAACCUAAUGAUAGAUGUUCCACUUAUCCCUUUUGAGUACACAGUACCCCUCUAGAGGGUUGAGUACCCCUCUGUUGGCUAAAGACUAUCUGGAAUAAAAUUCCCAUCAACCUCAGCUAGGAGGCAGGAGCCAUGUUAUGUGUGCUACCACAGUAGUAUGUAUCCAGUUGCUUGCUCUAUGUUUCUCUGUUCCUUGUAUUUAACCUUCCCCACCCUGUUCCUCUGUUUCUUUUUUAACUGGUCAUCCAUUCAAAAAUGAAGCAGAACGAUACUCCCACACUCGAUACCAUGACUAUAGGUGCUGUAGGUAUAUAA